GCCCAUUUACCUACAUGGCAAUAGUAUAGCAAAUUGCUGAUUCUACGGUAUAUAGUUGAGGGCAAACAAUUCAAGUUGCUUGAAUUGUAACAUAAAAAUCAGCUUGCUGUUUACUGUCAGUGAUACCAGUGCAAUAAUUAUAGUUAUAAUUGCUUUUACUUAUCAUUUGCACAAGAAGUAAUCGGUACCGUACUAUAUAAAGAUGGAAUUGGCGAAGGAAAUCAUCAAUGGUGUGGCAGAUAUUCAAAACAGCAACAGUUUGUCCGAAGAAACAUUUCUACAAUUACUAGAAAUUGUAGUAUCUUGCAUCUGUAGGAAUAUUAACGAUGCCAAAAGUAUCGCUACUAUAUGUCCAUCUAAGUCAGAUCUGGUAAAGACCGCUAUUGCGAAUAUCUCGUGUCUCUUCACAGAGGCUGCCAGGCAUGAUUACGACGAGGAAAGCUUGAAGACUUUUCUGCAUAACGAACACAUCAGUGGGCAAAGAAUUGAAAAGUUAUGUAACAUUUAUAUAAACAACAAGCAAGACAUUCAGACCCAGCUGGAAUUGACAGGUAACAGCAUCCCACAUAUAGUGGACAUAGACUGGCGUCUACAUCAUUGUGUGAAGUUUAGCACUUGUCGCUCCACCAGCGUGCCACUUUAUAACAUACAGAUGACUACGAAGAAAUGUAAUGAAGUAAAACAUGUAACGUUUACGUGUACUGUACAACAAUUACAAGAGCUGGUGUAUAAGCUGAAGGAUAUUGUAAGACAUAUUGAAAAAAUGUCUAAUAUGUAAAAGUGAAAUGGGUAAUUAUAACUUACAGUGUAGAAAUAUGUAACAUUCUCUCGUCGAUUUGCUCGAAGUAUAUAUUAAUAAUAUACAUAUAUAUAUAUGAAGGAUAGUGUGUGUGUGUGUGUGUGUUUUGUAUCAAUAAUACACAUUUUAUACAGGUGCAGUCAAUUAUAUUUUUGCAUCAUUAAUGAAAAGAAUAUCUCCUAAUCCAUUUAGAAUUAUUAUUGUAUUACUUUUAUGUGUUUAUACAUGUAUAUGCGUGCAUACACAUAUAUAAAACUGAUUAAAAAUACAGUGUAUCUUCCGUUCUGCAGCCCAAUAUUUGUCUAAAAAUUUCUAUUUUUGUUAGACGAAAAAAAUACUAUAUCAUUAUGCCCUUACUAAUUAAAUAUAGAUUUAUAUUAGUAAUUAAUAAUUUUUUUUCUAUUUCUAAAUAAUAUAUAUAUAUUUUUUUAACCAUAAUACAUUAUGUACAAAUAAAGUGGGGGAGCAUAUUUUCUACGUAAGAGAAACUUAUCUCCGAAUGUUAAAAUUUCUUAGCAAAACUUUUCAUUUCCCUUCGUUCAUACCUUUUCCAAUCAUCAUCUUUGUUUUUUCUCUCAUCAAUAUCCAUAUUUGUGUAAACGCACAACAAAAUGCAACAUAUGCGUUAUUAGGAAUAAAGAUACAUGGGUUAUAUAAUUAGAGUGGAUUGAGGAAGAAAAUAGCGGGAUGCUCUGAAAAGCGGAGUAUAAGAAUAAGAAAGGGGAAGGGGCCGGGGGAAGAAAGGAAAGAAAGAAAAGGCAGGGGAGGGAGAGAAACGUUACAAUUUACGACUAAUAAUUUAUGAGCACAAUUUUGCUUCGUUAAAAUAUUUGUUCCACGUAAGACGAAAUAACGUAACGAUCACAGUAUUUAAUCGUUAACUAAUAUUAUUUUUGACGUAAUUAUUAUAUCUUUUGUUAUUUUUAUUGUUCCAUAUCAAUUACUCGAUAUACGAUACGAUAAGGCCUCGGACAUUUCACUACCAUUAGCAGUCUUCGAAUAUUUUCAAAAUCACCCUCAGAACUGUGAAUUUUCGCUCUGAUCUUGAAUUGGUCUAUAAGAAAGCUAGGGCUUCAAUCAUAAAGAAAGAAGUGAAGUGAUUAAAUAAUAAUUAUGAGUUAGAGCAAUCGAUAAUCCUCGCAUUUGUAUCGGAUGACGUAUAGUUUUACAAUUGCACAUAUUAUUCUCAUGUUCACAAAGACAAUUUUUUUUUUUCAACAUUUUGGUGUCUUAUCACGACUUUUGGUUUUCCGAAAUUAAGUUCCCUUUAACUUUCUCCUAACAUUCGAGAUAAUACCUUAUUAAUUAGUGCACGAAUUGACAUUUACAAACUGCUUCCUUUCUAUGUGUUAUGCUAAAUUAUAUUAUGCAAAAAAGAGAAAGUAUAUAUUUUUUUUAGUUCUAAAGAAAUAUUAACGUGUGAAAAUAUUACACGCUGCAAAAUAAUUUUGUUUCCCGGCUGCAUCGAUGCACCGUAUAAAAAGACAAGUUUCGUAUAAUAUUCUUUUUUUCUUUUUUAAUAUAACGGGUUAUUCAAAAAUAUUCAAUACUGCGGACUAUAUAAAUUUCAUAUCAACCUUAUAUGAUAUAAAAAUGUAUAUAGUUUAGGUUUUAGAUAACAUUAUGUUGUUAGGGGCUCACAAAGAUUCAUCGGCUUUUAGCCCCGUAUUUUUUUUUUAUUAAAAAAAAGCGUCGAGCAUGGCAUGUACGUGCUAUGUUCUUUGAACCAAAGUACUUGCCAUUGUUAUCCACCACCUUUCAGGCAAAAUUGUCUGAUUCUGCGUCUGUAAGAUAAUUAUUUCUCUUGAACCAAUGAAAUCAUCAGCGACCCGACGAAUUUUCGCAAGCCCCUGAUAAUUCAAUUAAUUCAUUAUAUCUAACACUUUUUUCACACAUAUAUGCAUGUGCACAUUAUCGCGAGUGUCUUCAUCUGCCACAUGACCUAAUUGCGCAUGUGUGUGUGUGUGUGUGUGUGUGUGUGUGUGCGUGUUCGCGCGCGCGCAUUUCAUAAUUCAUGUGUAUUUCUCUCCAUAUAUAGUUUUUAUGUUAUUCACAAAAAAAAAAA